GAGAAGAGUGAGAGAAAAAAAAACGGAUUCUUUCACCUUCAAAGUUUUGUUUUUAACAAUCUUCUGCCCCCUUUUCUCGUCGGUCGAAGGAACUUUUUCCAAACUUUUUUUUUUUCCUUUUUUUUCCCUUUCUCUUUUUUCUUCCUCCGUGAGCGGAAAGUACGUUAGGGAGAGAGACACCCAGACACACAGAAGAAUCUGGAUUUUUCAAGUGGGAAGUGGGGGGGGGAAAAGCAAAUGAAAAUGUUGGAGAUUUGUCUGAAAUUGGUGGGGUGCAAAUCUAAGAAGGGACUCUCGUCCUCCUCCAGCUGCUACCUGGAAGAAGCUCUGCAGAAGCCUGACUUGGACCCCCCAGGUCUGUCGGAUGCGGGCCGCUGGAACUCCAAGGAGAGCCUGCUGGCCGGGCCCAGUGAGAACGACCCCAACCUGUUUGUGGCGCUUUACGACUUUGUGGCCAGUGGGGACAACACCCUCAGCAUCACCAAGGGAGAGAAGCUCAGAGUGCUGGGGUACAACCACAAUGGCGAGUGGUGCGAGGCCCGGACCAAGAACGGCCAGGGCUGGGUGCCUAGCAACUACAUCACGCCGGUGAACAGCCUGGAGAAGCACAGCUGGUACCACGGGCCGGUGUCGCGCAACGCAGCCGAGUACCUGCUGAGCUCCGGGAUCAACGGCAGCUUCCUGGUGCGGGAGAGCGAGAGCAGCCCAGGACAGAGGUCCAUCUCUCUGCGCUACGAGGGCCGGGUCUAUCACUACCGCAUCAACACCGCCUCCGACAGCAAGCUGUACGUUUCAUCAGAGAGUCGUUUCACCACGCUGGCCGAGCUGGUGCACCACCACUCCACGGUGGCCGAUGGGCUGAUCACCACGCUGCACUACCCGGCGCCCAAACGCACCAAGCCCACGGUGUACGGCGUGUCGCCCAACUACGACAAGUGGGAGAUGGAGCGCACCGACAUCACCAUGAAGCACAAGCUGGGCGGCGGGCAGUACGGGGAGGUGUACGAGGGCGUGUGGAAGAAGUACAGCCUCACCGUGGCCGUCAAGACUCUGAAGGAGGAUACGAUGGAGGUGGAGGAGUUCCUGAAAGAAGCUGCCGUCAUGAAGGAGAUCAAGCACCCCAAUCUGGUGCAGCUGCUUGGUGUGUGCACGCGCGAGCCUCCUUUCUACAUCAUCACAGAGUUCAUGACCCACGGCAACCUGCUGGACUACCUGAGGGACUGUCUCCGGGAGGAGGUGAACGCCGUCGUGCUGCUCUACAUGGCCACGCAGAUCUCCUCCGCCAUGGAGUACCUGGAGAGGAAGAACUUCAUCCACAGGGACCUGGCUGCCAGGAACUGCCUGGUGGGGGAGAACCACCUGGUGAAGGUGGCAGACUUCGGCCUGAGCCGGCUGAUGACGGGCGACACCUACACCGCCCACGCCGGCGCCAAGUUCCCCAUCAAGUGGACCGCCCCCGAGAGCCUAGCCUACAACAAGUUCUCCAUCAAGUCUGAUGUCUGGGCGUUCGGCGUGUUGCUAUGGGAGAUCGCCACCUAUGGGAUGUCUCCGUACCCGGGCAUCGACCUGUCCCAGGUGUAUGAGCUGUUGGAGAAGGACUACCGCAUGGAUCGACCUGAGGGCUGCCCGGAGAAAGUGUACCAGCUGAUGAGGGCCUGCUGGAAGUGGAACCCUGCCGAGCGCCCGUCCUUCGCUGAAACUCACCAGGCCUUCGAGAACAUGUUCCAGGAAUCCAGCAUCUCCGACGAGGUGGAGAUGGAGCUGGGGAAACAGCAGUGUGUGGGCUGCAGUCAGAAGGCCCCAGAGCUGCCCACCAAGACCAGGACCCUGCGCAGGAACCAGGACCCCCGCGACCCUGACAGCCCUGACCCAGCAGAGCCGGAGGUGGCUGUGUCUCCCCUACUGCCCAGGAAGGAGCGCCUCCCGCUGGACGUGGCAGAGGAGGAGCGCCUGCUGCCCCGGGACAAGAGUCGCAGCAGCUUCCUGAGCCGCAUCAAGAAGAAGAAGAAGACGGCUCCGGCUCCGCCCAAGAGGAGCAGCUCCUUCAGGGAGACGGACGCUCACCUGGACCGCCACGCGCCGGAGCCCCGCGACGACGCCCCCGACCACGCCAAGUUCCCGGGCGCCAACAACAACGGGGUGGGUGGGGUCACCAACGGAGCGCCUCCGUACCCCAGCCCCCUGUUCCCCCCCCACGGCAAGAAGAAGGGCAUCCCGGCCGUGCCGGUGGCGGGGGGCAGGGGGGGCAUGGGCCCCCCUGGGGAGGAGGACGUGGUGUCCAACUCCAAACGCUUCCUGCGCUCCUCGUCCGCCUCCAGCGCGCCGCCUGGCUCUGACCGGUCAGAGUGGAGGUCGGUCACGCUCCCCCGCGAGCUCGGCCAGCGGCACUUUGACUCGGGCACCCUGGGGGGCAAGCCGGCGCUGCCGCGCAAGAAAGCCAGCGAGCAGAAGGGGGAGGCGUGCCCUCGCCGUGGCGCGCUCACGCCCCCGCCUCGCCUCCCCAGGAGGACGGAGGAGGCGGACGAGGUGUUCGGGGAGGUGGAGACACCCACGGCUCGGCUCAGGAGGCUGGAGAGCAGCGCCCUGCAGGCCGAACUCCUCAAGCCCAACGUGUUCCCCACGCUGGGGGCCGCCGCCACUGAGUGCAAGGCCCGUCGCCACAGGCCCGCCCUGGACCCCUCCUCCCCGGCCACGACCACGCCCCAGGGAAAGUUCCAGAAGUCCAAGCCGGCGCCACCUCCGCCGCCCUCCGGCAGCAAGUCAGGCAAGCCUUCCCGGGGCCUCGACCUCCCCUCCCCCACGGACCCCAAGCCCCGAGGCCCCUCCUCUCUGAGCCACGGCCCGGAGCCCCACCACGCCUCCAGCGACCCGCCCCGCCCCCUCCUCUCUGACCUCCCCAAGAAGCUGGUCUCCUCCUCCAAACCGUUAAAGACCUCCUCCUCCUCCAGCUCUGUCUCCUCUUCCCCUGGCCAGACCUCCUUCUCCCCCUUGGGCUCCCCGCUGGGUUCCCCCGGGGACCCCGCCUCUCCCCCGGCCUUCAUCCCCCUCAUGGACACCCGCCGCUCCCUGCGCAAGACACGGCAGCUCCCGGAGCGGACAGCCCACUCGGCCGUGACGCGCGACAUGGUCCUGCAGGGCAGCGAGGAGCUGCGCAGCGCCAUCGCCCGCGUGUCGGAGCAGAUGGGCAGCCACAGUGCCGUGCUGGAGGCCGGGAAGAACCUGUCCCGCUGCUGCGUGAGUUUCGUGGAGUCCAUCCAGCAGAUGAGGAACAAGUUUGCGUUCCGCGAGGCCAUCAACAAGCUGGAGAGCAACCUGAGGGAGCUGCAGAUCUGCCCGGCUGCCACCGGGGGCGCCAGCGCGCAGCAGGACUUCAGGAAGCUGCUGUCCUCCCUCAAAGAGAUCAGUGACAUCGUCCAGAGGUAGCGGGACACACAUCUGACCAGGAGGCUAACCUGAUCUGAAAACACAACUCCCCCUCCUCUCCCCCCCCCCUCUCGACCCCCCUCCUCCUCUUCUUCUGCGCCCGAGUGCGUCAGCAGAGCCCUGCCGGUCGUGUUUUGGAGGACGGAGGGUUCAGGACGCUACAGGACAGCUGGAGAACUCACUUCUGGAGAAGCUGGCUUGGCUGUUUCCCAGGACCCUGCAGCCUGUGGUUACUGUGGUUACUGUGGUUACUGUGGUUACUGUGGUUACUGUGGUUACUGUGGUUACUGUGGUAACUGUGGUAACUGUGGUAACUGGACAGACUCAAACAACAAACACAGAAUAUUGAGUGUUUUUUUGUUUUUUUUGCCGAGAGCCUUAAACCUAUGAAUGCAAGUUUCUCGGUGGCCAGGGCCCAGUCCUGACACUACCUGUUCAGUCGUCAACUUGAUCGUGUCUGGUUAGUUUUACAGACAGGAAAACUGUCUCUCUGUUUCCUGUCAGCUGACGAUGUGCAGCAACACCUGGAGGACUCCUGCCCGCUCUGCUGAGACUGAACACAUUAAGCUUACACACACCACACACACACACACACAAACACUUACUACCUGAUCUCUCCAUCAUCCCUUCUGUUGACUUGGUGUGUAUGUAUGGAGUGUGUGUGCUUGCGUCAGUAUUGUGUGGAUGGAUCCAUGUAUCAGUAUUCCCCAUGUGCCGUAAAGGAGGUAUGGAAGACCCUCCCCCCAGCAACACUAGCAGCAGCAGCCCAGUCCUCCAGGAUGGACUCACCUGAGCACUCACACACCCACCACUUCCUGGUUACACACCGUCUCCACGGCAACCCGGAGAGGAACCAGGAACAGGAUGUGAAUGUUGUUUUUAUGUCUUGAUGAGCGAACCCUCGUUGCUCGUCAUCUUUUAUUUGUUUUAACUGACAUUUUGUUGUUGUCCUCUAAACCACUUACAGCCUCCAGAGCUGCACCGCUCUGGAGAACCGCUCUGGAGAACCUUGUGCACGUACAGGAACGUCUCAUGUCCCAGGGUUCCCUUCGCUACACUGCAGAACCCACCCAUUCCCUGGCACAGCCAAUCAGAGGGCACAUAGAAUGACCCCCCCCCCUCACCUACGUGUUCAGUAUUACUCUGAUCCUUGACCUUAGCCCUGUCUGACUGCGAGGGCGUUCUGAACCACAGCUGCCUUCCUUCACGGUACGUGACGACAUCUUCGUGACGACAUCUCCGUGACGACGUCUCCGUGACGACGUCUCCUACGUGAAUUUAUUUGUCGUCGUCGUGGUGACAGUCAGAGCCGCCGCCUCAGUGCCCCCUUUGUAAAUACAUACUUUCUUUUUUUGUUCCUUUAUUGUAACCUUGGUGCAAUUUUAUUGUUGCAAUAAAAAGUGAUUUUGCUACUUGAAAUGGA